AGUUUUAAUUGGAAUCUAAUAUAUUGUUUUAGUACCGUGCAGAUUUCAGCUCCAAUCUUUCCAUGGCUCCAGCAGCUGCAGUAGAUUUUGAAACAAUGAAGCCUCGAGAUGUUUGUGUUGUUGGUGUUUCACGUACGCCAAUUGGUGGCUUUCUUGGUUCGCUUUCAUCUCUACCAGCCACCAAACUUGGAUCUAUAGCUAUUGAAUGUGCUCUGAAGAGAGCAAAUGUUGAUCCAGCACUAGUACAGGAGGUUUUCUUCGGAAAUGUGCUGAGUGCAAAUUUAGGGCAGGCUCCUGCUAGACAGGCUGCAUUAGGGGCAGGUAUACCUAAUUCAGUGGUCUGCACCACUAUUAACAAGGUCUGCGCAUCAGGGAUGAAGGCUACAAUGCUUGCAGCACAGAGCAUCCAGUUGGGUAUCAAUGAUAUUGUCGUGGCUGGUGGCAUGGAAAGCAUGUCUAAUGCUCCUAAAUAUCUUGCAGAAGCAAGGAAGGGUUCCCGACUUGGUCAUGAUACUGUUGUUGAUGGGAUGCUUAAAGAUGGCCUAUGGGAUGUAUAUAAUGAUUUUGGAAUGGGUGUCUGUGGUGAAAUAUGUGCAGAUCAACAUAAAAUAACAAGAGAUGAGCAGGAUACAUAUGCUAUUCAAAGCUUUGAGCGUGGUAUUGCUGCUCAAAAUGGUGGUGCCUUUUCAUGGGAAAUAGUCCCGGUUGAAGUCUCUAUGGGAAGGGGAAAACCAUCCACAAUUGUUAAUAUGGAUGAAGGUCUAGGAAAGUUUGAUCCUGUUAAACUGAGGAAGCUCCGACCAAGUUUUAAGGAGGAUGGAGGCUCUGUUACUGCUGGCAAUGCUUCUAGUAUAAGUGAUGGUGCUGCUGCUCUAGUGUUAGUGAGUGGAGAGAAGGCACUUAAACUUGGACUACAAGUAAUUGCUAAGAUCACAGGCUAUGCUGAUGCGGCUCAGGCACCUGAGUUAUUUACAACAGCUCCUGCCCUUGCAAUUCCGAAAGCCAUUUCAAAUGCUGGUUUGGAAGCUUCACAAGUCGAUUAUUAUGAAAUAAAUGAAGCCUUUUCUGUUGUAGCUCUUGCAAACCAAAAGCUGCUAGGGCUUAAGCCUGAGAUAGUUAAUGUGCAUGGUGGGGCUGUAUCUUUAGGGCAUCCUUUAGGGUGCAGUGGAGCUCGUAUCUUGGUCACACUAUUGGGGGUACUGAGGCAGAAAAAUGGGAAAUACGGAGUUGCUGGAGUUUGCAAUGGGGGUGGAGGAGCGUCUGCUGCUGUUCUAGAGCUCAUAUAAGCAUUUUAUAUGUGGUCAUUUGCAAGGGUAGGAGAUUUUCUUCAUUAUGAAAGGUUGCCAUAACUGGUGUCCUGUUAAAGUGUUACAUUUUCAUUUUUUAGUAUCCUCUCCAGUAAUAAGUAUUAGUAGUGAUGUAUUUAGACCCAGUAAAUCCCUUCUCUGCGCACCUCAAUCUCACCCUCUUUAGAUUAUCAUAUUUUUCAUCAGGCGAAUCCAAUAGUUAUGAGAUGAAGCAAAAUAACCUGGACUAUACAUUGGUUAUUGGUACUGUGCAGGAAGUUUGUCAAUUAAAAUGAUCUUAGCUGCCUAAAUUA